GCCGUUUCUUACAGCAGAACUCCUUAUAUGUGAAGAAUGGAGCUGUUUGCAUUAGUUAUGUGUCUUAUAAGCACUGCUAUUGCCUUUCCGAUAUAUCCACAAACUCCUGGAACACAGGGUUUGCCAAGCAUAAGCCUUGAGACUUUGAGACAACAACAGGCUGCUAAUAAACAGACAGCACCUUUAAGUCAGAUUUCAAGGUUUGGUUAUAAUGAUCCUUAUUCAGUAUUAUGGCUACAUGGCCUCCUUCCACCCCAUUCCUUUUAUCCAUGGCAACAUCAAAGACCACAGCUGCCAGACAACCAGCAGCAAGCUGAUCCAGCAAUGAUUCCACCUAAAGGGGGACCUGCAGAUGGUCAAAUCCAAACAGUAGCAUUGUAUAUGUACCAAACAAUAAUGAAUAAACUACUACAACAAGGAGUAGGAGAGACAAUGCCAGAUCCAGCCGGCACACCCCCAGUGCAUCAACAACACCCAUAUCCUGGACUAUUCUCUAUGCAGUAUGGUGGAGGACCUGGUGGACCUCCAGCAAGGCUUGGUGCAAUGAGUUCAGAAGAAAUAACAGGGAGCCGUGCUGGUGCUGCUCAUACUUUUAGUUCCUUGUACCCUGGGCUUUUAGGUAUGGGUCCAGGAAUGGGAAGGCAGCCACAGAAUCCAGCUUUACAAGGAGACUUUACAAUAGAAGAUGAUUCUCCGGUAGCAGGAGGAAAACCAGCUGGUCAAGAAAUAUCUAAAGGUCCUAUUGAAAGUCCACAAGGAGUUGGCUUAAGCCAAAUAAUGCCAGGUUUGGAGGGAAAUCCAACUGGCCAGGGUGAAACUGUGGCAUUCCCUAACAUCAAUUUACCCAAUUUGGCUUUUAAUCCACAAAGUCAAAGUAAAUUCCCACCAAAUGUCACUCCAGUGAAUGCUCCAAGGUUGACCCAUGAUACUGGUGCUGGAUUUCCAUUUGCAAUGGAUGAUACCAUACCUUUUAGUGUACAAAGAGAAAAUGGCAUGACUAUGGAAAUGACUCAGGCAAAUAACGCUAAUGCUAUUGAUUCACCCAUGAUUCAAGUUCAUCCACAGAACCAUAAUAAUUACUUUCAGGAACCAUAAAGAGCAAUAGGCAGUCACUCUGACAUGCAAAACACUCCUUCACUUACAUUCUUUUUUUAGCAUUAGGUUUACAUCACAUACUAUCUUUUAGGUAUAUCUUUUUGUAAUGUACAAUUUAUUGAAUUAUGUAGAGAAAACAUAAUUCUACCUUUAGAUUGUGGGCUUUAGAAUAUUACUGGGAAAUCUGCAUGAAAUAUUAUAUAUGUAACCUUAAAUCUGCCUGACGCCAGUUUCUAACAUAAUAGCUUAGUUUGAAUAAAGAGAGUUAUGGUAGAACUAAUAUUGAUAAACCAACAAGUGGACUCCUGGUGCUAAUUCAGUUUGCUAAAUUCAGUAUAAGAACUGUGCAAGAAGUUUUAAUGUAAAAAUAUCAGAUAAGUUAUAAAUCAAUACAAAUUCAAAGCUGAAAUUAAUAAAAGGCAAAAAGCA